AUGCUUGAGGAUAUUGGUGAUAUAUCAUUAUACGAAUCCAAAUUAAAGGUUUUGGUUGAUCUUUUAGGAUGGUUAUAUGUUAUAUUCUGGAGCAUUGCUUAUUAUCCACCUAUUCUAUUAAAUUUUAAAAUCAAAUCAUCUGAAUCACUCUCGUUGGAUUCCAUAUUACUAAAUUUAACCGGAUAUCACUGUUAUUUUUUUUCAGUGUAUUUAUUAACUUGCAACGAGACAGUGAAGGUUCAAUAUUCAAAUUUCCAUGGAAUUAAUUCAAAGCCUUUAUUAAACUAUAUUGAUUUAGUAUAUGUCUCGCAUGGGUUAUUGUUAAAUUAUUUGACUUUUGUUCAAGUUAUUUACUAUAAAUUCCAGAGAAAUAGAACACACUAUCAUAAGAAUGAUAUGAAAAACAUAAAGAGUAUUUUGCUCAGGGCUCAUAAAUCCACCAAAGUAAUCAUAUCUAUAAUAGGCAUAUUUGUGAUUGUGCUAAUGAACCAGAUCUUUAUAAACAAAAGCAUUUUACUAAUAUCAUUAACGACAUAUUUGACCUAUAUCAAAUUGUUUCUAAAUCUAAUCAAGCACAUCCCUCAAAUUGUGUUAAACAGUAGGAAGAAAAACAUGAAGGGAUUUAGCCUUAUAAUGAUAUGUCUUGACGUUUCCGGUGCAAUUUGCUGUUUAUCCCAGCUAACAGUGAACAACUUCUUAAGCAAUAUAAAGGGCAUGCACGAACAUGAUCACAGUCUCAACCAUAGCCAAAUGGAAAUUGAUUUCAUUGACAUAAUUUGCAAAAACGUUGGGAAAUUUUGUUUAAGUUUUAUAGCAUUGACAGUGGACAUUUGCUAUUUGAUCCAAAAGAGGAUGUACUCGCAGGCAAUUUCAAAUGAUAUUUUGGAGCAAAAGUUGCCCACAAUAACGUUGUCAGACUACCAAGUGAGCAAACACCAUAUAAACAUGGUGAAAAAGCGAGACCUCUUGAUAUAA